CCCGCCUCGCCCGCUCCGCUCCCCUCGAGCCCAGCAGCCUUUUCGGGGCCGGGGGUCCUCCCCGCGGCACCUUCCCCUCUUCUCUCUCCUGCCCGCCUUUCCAGAGGCUCCUGUGCGCUCACCCUCCCUGCUUUUCCCCUUUCUCGUCUCCUCCGUUUCAUUCUGCCCCCUCCGCCCGACAUGGCGAGCAAGGACGUGCUGGAGGACACGGUGGAGGAGCGUGUCAUCAGCGAGGAGUACAAGAUUUGGAAGAAAAACACCCCCUUCUUGUACGACCUGGUGAUGACACACGCCCUGGAGUGGCCCAGCCUCACGGUGCAGUGGCUGCCUGAUGUGAGCAGGCCAGAAGGAAAGGAUUAUGCUCUGCACUGGCUGAUUUUGGGAACACACACGUCUGAUGAGCAGAACCACCUGGUUGUUGCCAGAGUCCAGAUUCCCAACAAUGAUCAGUUUGAUGCUUUGAAGUCUGACAGUGAGAAAGGAGAAUUUGGUGGCUUUGGAUCUGUGACUGGCAAAAUUGAGAUGGAAAUUAAAAUUAACCAUGAGGGUGAAGUGAACCGUGCCCGUUACAUGCCACAGAAUCCCUGCAUCAUUGCGACAAAAACACCCUCUGCUGAUGUGCUGGUGUUUGACUACACUAAACAUCCUUCAAAACCAGACCCAAGUGGAGAGUGUAAUCCUGACCUUAGAUUAAGAGGACACCAGAAAGAAGGCUAUGGCUUAUCAUGGAGCUCAAAUUUGAGUGGACAUCUUCUCAGUGCAUCAGAUGAUCAUACGGUGUGUUUAUGGGAUGUAAAUGCUGGACCCAAAGAGGGCAAGAUUGUUGAUGCAAAAGCCAUCUUUACGGGGCACUCUGCAGUAGUGGAAGAUGUGGCAUGGCACCUGCUCCAUGAGUCUCUGUUUGGAUCUGUGGCAGAUGAUCAGAAGCUUAUGAUCUGGGAUACAAGAUCUAAUACCACGUCCAAGCCGAGUCACUCAGUAGAUGCUCACACAGCCGAGGUCAACUGUCUGUCCUUCAAUCCUUACAGCGAGUUCAUUCUGGCAACUGGCUCUGCUGACAAGACGGUGGCUCUGUGGGAUCUUCGAAACUUAAAGCUGAAACUCCAUUCUUUUGAGUCUCAUAAGGAUGAGAUUUUUCAGGUUUACUGGUCUCCUCAUAAUGAAACCAUUCUUGCUUCAAGCGGUACCGAUCGUCGCCUUAACGUAUGGGAUCUAAGUAAAAUUGGAGAAGAGCAGUCUGCAGAGGAUGCAGAAGAUGGGCCUCCUGAGCUGCUGUUUAUUCAUGGAGGACACACUGCCAAAAUUUCAGACUUCAGUUGGAAUCCUAAUGAGCCUUGGGUAAUCUGUUCUGUAUCAGAGGACAACAUAAUGCAGAUAUGGCAGAUGGCAGAAAACAUUUACAGUGAUGAAGAACCAGAUAUAACAGCAGCUGAACUGGAAGCUCAAGGAAUGUAACUUUUGUUCUUUAAGGAACUACUGGGAAUGACAUAGUAAUAUAAUUUGACUACUCUAUAAAUAAAAUAAAGACCCCCAAAAAACCCCACAAAACCAAAUACCAAACCAAAAAACAAUCACUGGGCAGAAGCAAGAAUAUCAAAACAAGAAUAUUCCUAACUCAAAACAAGAAUAUUCCUAACUGGAUUAAGCAAAAACCUUGUAUAAUCAAGUGUCAUGGGAUACCCUUGGUUCUGUGGACACUUUGAGCUGUAUAUGGUACAGCAAUUAGCUUUAGAGAAAAUAAGAAUGACUUAAUACCUAUGUGUAUAUUUUUAAAUAAACUUAGUGUGUUCCUGUAAAUAAAAUGGUCAAAUCCUCACUCUUCACACAUAGAAACUGUAUAAAAAUCCCCCUUUAUAUUAAUAUGUAAAAAGAGCUUUUCACUUUUACACACCACUUUUGGAUUGGUUUUGCAUAAAUAAAAUCUAUUUUAAAAAGUA